AUGAGUGCACCGUUAGUUCCCAACAAAUCAUGUUACAAUCUAUUACAGACCAACAGAAAUGAGAUGAAAAACAACAAUGAACACAUGGUGUCUGUAGGAGACACAAAUGCCAAUCAAAUCAUAUCAGACGUCAGAACCUCUGGAACAGCAAUAAGGACAAGCAAUAUUUCAGGAGAAUCUGCUUGCUUACACACCAGUAAGCAAGAAACCAACAGACAGUUAGACUGUCAGAGGAACAAUCUUCAGGGCACCACUGGUGAAUCAGAGUUUAUAUUGUCUUCUACCAUCAGCAAGAAAUUGCAUGCCGAUUGUAGGCCUGAAGGGCUUAAGGACACUUCAAAGCUAGUCACCAUUAGCCGAGGACACAGUUUGUCUAAUCUGAGGAUCAAUACAAGUGAUAACUUUUCAGUAGUACUUUCAAAAAGCGACGCUGAUCUUAUUCAGCAUGUUUCCAAGGAAAAAACACUUAGAAGUGUUGAGCCAGAAGGAAUAAAACGCCUUUCUUUGGGGAGAUCAAGAAAACUUAUGGCUAAAACAGAAAAAGAAUUUGUUGGCCGUGUAUCAGGUAAACGCUUGCUUUCUGUAUCCCUGGAUUCUAUCAACACUUCACAUCAUUUGAGUGGGGACAUAGAAAAAUCUCAGAAAACAUCAAGAGACCAUUUUUUAGGUAUGGUGUUUCGUCCAACUGAUGGUCUAUCAGAAGGAAGCACUAUACCUUAUCUUAAAUAUUCGUCUACCUCAGAAAUGGAAAGAGCAAGUGCCCCAGCCAUACAAUCAGGUGUGGAUAAUAUACCAAAUGCCAACAAACAAGGCCCUCUGCAUCAUGCUGCUGUUGACCUACAUUUAACUGUUAAAUCCAAUGAACUUCGGAAACCAGAAGCACAUAUGGAUCAUCAAAGUGGUAAGAGAGGAAAAGGGGAGGCGAAAUGUCUUCUGUCUUCACAGUCUAAGCAUGUGGGUGAGCAAAAGACAAACAAGGUUAUGUUAUUUGAAUUUCUUGGAGGUCCAGCAGAAGAAAAUAAUGUGGUACAGCAUCAAAAGGAUAUGGAGACAGAAAUACACAAGACCAAAUUACAUCAGUUGCCAAAAGAGGAUCUGUUUUUAAAUGAAGGAUUUGAUUCUAUUAAUGGAAGUCUGAUAAGGGAGAAUGGCUCUCCAGAUUUAAGAAAAGAAAAUAAUUACAGUAACAGCAAAGCAGCAAGCAAAGCAAAUGGGGAAUAUAGAGCUGUAAAAGAGGUAGACUUUAUUUCAGCUCCUGAUGAUGAUACUAUACAUGUUGAUAAAUUGACGUCAAGAAGGAAUGAAAACCCACAUGUUGGUAGCACAAGUUGUAUUCCAGCAGUUAAUGGGCACAUGUCUUUUAUGGAUAGCGUUAAUGUGAUAGACAGCAAACAUCUGAAUAACUAUGAAAAUAAACAGAUUCUACUCAAAGGACCCGGUGAAGAUGUUAUAAUUGUCCAGUCUGAUUUGAAAGCUCCCAAACCACAAAAUACAGAAAAUAUCUCAGUAAAUUUUAGCCUUGUGGACAGUGAUUUAGAAACCACACAUUUUUCAGUUCAGAGCAAGAAGACAGUUAACGAAAAGAAACAGCAUUCAAACAAUGCACCAGAAAGCUGUAAAAUAAUAGCACAAAGUGAAAUCUUAUAUCCCCCAACACCUUUGCGCCCUUCUGCAGCUGUGAAUGCCAGUAGCCACAGCACAGUGUCAAACAGCAGCUUGAAGGAACUUGGUGCGCCUCAUGUUGACAAGCUGCCAUCUUGUUCUGCAACCCUACCUGCCACUGAGAGCACCCAGUUACUUAGCCUAUCCCCUAAAGUGCCUAAUAAAACUACAUCUAAUAGUGGGAUCCCUAAGCCAAUCCUUAUAAAUCCCAAAGGGCCCCUACCAGCCAGUUAUAAUGGUGAGAACGAGGAUAUGGAGAAGCCUGAAGAGAAGCUUGAAACUCCUGCCAUUCCCAAGCCCAAACAUGUGAGGCCUAAAAUAAUAACUUACAUUAGAAGGAACCCUCAGGCAAUCAGACAGCUCGAUCAGUCUGGAUUGUCUUGCAUGCCCCCUGCUUGUGGACUGGCAAAUGAACAGAAAAUGUUAAACGAUGGAGACCUCAAACCAGGUUUCUACGAAAAAUUUAAAACUGACUUUCAGAAGCCUCAGAUUUAUAGUUCUGGAUUUGUAGUAUCUGGAAUUAAAUCUUCAGACCAUCAGUUUGGUCCAAUGGGUGAAAAGUUUUUCCAGGAGGUUGGAGAAAAGCCUGUGAAAGACAAUUUUUGUCCUCCGCCAUAUGCUCACUAUGAGGUGCCUCCAAGUUUUUAUCGCUCAACAAUGAUUCUUAAACCCCAGUUAGGACUUGGUGCUGUUUCCAGGUUGCCAUCUGCGAAAAGCAGGAUUUUGAUUUCCAGUCAAAGAUCUUCAGCAAGCUGCAUCCAUCCUCAAGCACCAAUACCCAGUUCAACGCUAUUCCAUCCUGAUACUUCAGUUGAUCUUAAAAAAGGCCCAGGUCCAAAUGCUACAAAAUCGAAUCUUCCAAAGCCCUGUCAGUCCGGACUUCGCCCUCCUGGUUAUUCACGGUUACCGCCAGCUAAACUCACCACGUUUGGUUUUGUCAGGAGCUCCAGCGUCUCCUCAAUCUCAAGCAAAUCAAGUGACAGAGUCCAGAGUGAACAAAGCAAGACAGCCAAUCGUUCAAGCCUGGGAAAUGAAGAGCAAAUCAUUCUCAAGGCAGCUGAACCAUCUAAAGAAGCACUUAAGGGGGCCAAUAGAACUUCCCUGCAGGCAUCAAAUAGCACCCCAAUUGCCCGCAGGAGCCUACUUCCGGCACCAAAGACAGGAACAGUACUGGCUGGGCCAAAAAAGGAAGGACAGAAAGAUCAGGAAAGCAGCAGGCCUACCAUCUCAUCUCCCAAGAGACUGGUAGUAGCAACCACCAAGCUCCAUUCACCAGGACAUCCUAAACAAAAGUCUUCUGUUCCAAGAAAUGGAUUUUCUACAAAGCCAGAGUUGCAGACACGAGAGCCAGAACGACAGUUCAUCCAGCAGAUGAAGGACAGGUGUGAUGAACUAGUCAGAAAAUUCAAUUGUGUCCAAGAAGAACUCAAGAGAACCAGAUGUGGCUUUGAUGUCUUCGUUAUAACAACACAGUUUUUCUUUCAGAAGAAUGAAAGUGCCUUUGUGAAAGAAAAGGAGAUCUCAGCUGAGCUUGCAAAUGUCAAGGAUGAAGUUGCCCUCAAUACAGGGAAAUACGAGACACUGCAAAAAGAGAAGGAGGAGAUGGAAAAGAAGUUUGAAGGAACUGUGCAGAAACUCACUUGGCAGCAUCAGGAGGAGCUCCUGGUACUUGAAGAACGUUUGCAGUUACAGUACAGUGCUGAACUAGAACAUUUGCGGGAGAACCAUCAGGUCAAGCUUGAGAGAAUAAAGAGUCAGCAUCAGGAACAGGUGGAUGACAUUGCAGCAACUCAGGAAGUGGCAGUAUUAGAGAUGGAAAAUAGUCACGCGAUUGCCAUUGCAGAACUUCAAGAAGAAUAUGAGCACAAAAUUCAAGAAAUGAAGUCUGCUCAUGAGCAAGAAAAAAGAGAACUUGAAGAAAAUUUUGAAAAGUUGCGCUUGUCACUCCAGGACCAGGUAGAUACACUUACUUUUCAAAGCCAGUCUCUAAAGGACAAGGCAAAACGAUUUGAAGAGGCAUUGAAGAAAAACACUGAAGAACAACUAGAGAUUGCCCUGGCUCCAUAUCAGCACUUAGAAAAAGAUAUGAAGAGCCUAAAGCAGAUUCUGGAAAUGAAGAAUGUACUCAUUCAUCAACAAGAAAAGAGGAUCAUGGAGCUAGAAAAGCUGGCAGAAAAGAACUUAAUUCUAGAAGAAAAAAUUCAAGUACUACAACAACAAAAUGAAGACUUCAAAGUCAGGAUUGAUCACAACACUGUGAUGACAAGACAGUUAUCUGAAGAAAAUGCUAACCUCCAAGAAUAUGUUGAGAAGGAAAGCAAGGAAAAAAAGAGGCUGAGCAGGACAAACGAAGAGUUGAUGUGGAAACUGCAGACCUCAGAACCCAUGAGUCCUGUUAAACUAUCUCCAACUUCUCCGACGUGCAUUUAUCGCUCUUCAUCGGGACCACCAACUCCAGCUAAAGUCAGCACAGUACCAAGAUGACAGACCAAUGCAGCUACUUAAAUAGAC